CAGAACAUCACAUCAUCUAUCUAUCAUGUCUUCCUCUCGAACACAACCCUCUUCUUCUUCAGUUUGGCAACUCCAAUACAUGAAGCUACACUUCUUCACCAGAAUUCGUUCUCUUUUGAAAUCGAAAGCUUCCUCUCGCAAACGCAACUUUCAAGGCUCACCUGAGAAAUCAAGAACACAAAAAGAUUCCAACAUGGUGGUGGCGAUCCCGGAGAUAAUAUCGAAACCACCCGAAGAUCAUAAGAAUGAGGAGGUUGUGUUGCAGAAAACCGUGAAGAAGCUACACUUUGGAAGCUUGGAAGAGAAGAAAAAAGCUGCCUUAGAGAUCGAGAAACUUGCUCGUGAAAACAAGAAGACUCGGAAGCUCAUGGCUGAGCUUGGUGUUCUUCAGGUUCUUGUUUCUAUGGUCGCUUCUGGUUUCUCCGGGCACCAAAGAGCUGCCGUUAAGGCUCUUAUUCAGCUUUCUCAUGGAACCUACACGAACAAGGCACUGAUGGUGAGCGCUGGCAUAUGCUCAAGGCUACCUAAAAAUGUCGAAGUUCUCGACCAAUCAACAAGACAUGGCUUCGCGGAGCUCCUGCUUUCACUGUCUUCUCUAACAAACGCACAAUUGCCGGUAGCUUCAUCACAAGUUAUACCGUUCUUGAUGGAAACCAUGAACUCAGAGUCAACAGACAUAAAGUGCAAAGAGAUAUGUUUAGCCACCAUAAACAAUCUCUGCCUCCUUUUGGAAAACGCAGGACCGUUGGUCACAAGCGGGGCAGUGCAGACACUCCUAAGCCUAAUGUUGGUAAAAGACUUGUCCGAGAAGGCACUAGCGAGUCUAGGGCAAUUGGUAGUGACACAAAUGGGUAAAAAGGCAAUGGAGGAGUGUUUGACUGUGCCCAAAGGUUUGAUAGAGAUUCUAACAUGGGAAGAUAAACCGAAAUGCCAAGAAUACUCCGCGUAUAUCUUGAUGGUAUUAGCUCAUCAGAGUUGGAGCCAGCGCGAGAAAAUGACCAAGGCAGGGAUUGUACCGGUUCUUCUUGAAGUGACCUUGCUUGGGAGCCCUCUGGUUCAAAAGAGGGCAGUGAAACUUUUACAAUGGUUCAAGGAUGAGAGAAAUGUACGGAUGGGUCCUCAUUCGGGUCCACAAACGGGUAGGAUGAGUUCUGGGAUGGGAUCUCCAAUAAGCCCGAGAUCAGGGGAAGAAGGUAAGAAGAUGAUGAAGAAUCUGGUGAAACAGAGUUUGUACAAGAACAUGGAGAUGAUAACUAGAAGAGGGAAUGUGGAUAUGGAGAGGGAAAGUUGUAGGCUUAAGUCUUUGAUCAUCAGCACAAGCUCUAAAAGCUUGACUUAUUAAUCUUUGUUUUAUGUUUUAACUUUUCCAUAUUAAGUGAUUAGUGAGUGUCUUGCUCUCUCGAAAUGAAUACAAGGGAAU